AAUAAGAACCGCGUCACACGAGGGAUUGCUCGAAUCCAGAGGGAUCUAUAAGACAUCACCACCUGUUAGCGGCAAAUCAGCUGGAUCACAGCAGCUCCUCACCUGCAGGUGGAUCCGACUGUUAACAGUAAAUUUAGCACCUCACAGUGCUGCAGCACCGCCAGCGAUCAGGGACUGCCAAGCAGUGAAAACUCACUGCAGGAUCGCCUCAUUCUGCUCUUCAGCACCAGCUCCACUGGGAGUCAUUCAGUCCUCACCUCUGCAACAGCUCCAGCCAGCCAGGGAGAGGUGACGCCGUUUAGCUCUCAUCUUCAGCCUGACAGCCAUGACUCGGGAAGACCCUCAUCUCCGGCUCAGAUCGGGGGAUCAGCGAGCUGUUAGAUGGCUAGAUCUCAACUUAUGAAGAGCUGGGGGCUUUUCUGCUGAGUAUCCCUCACAGCACAGUAGCACAUGGAUAUCAAGACUUCAAAUGAAGAGACAAAGACUGGGAUUUAUUUGAUGCAAGAAGGUAAUGAGGAGCCGUUCAAUAUUCGACUACACUUGGCUAAAGAUAUUCUGACCAUUCAAGAACAAGAUGUCAUCUGUGUGACGGGGGAGCCCUUUUAUUCAAGCGAGAGAACGGUAACAAUCAGAAGGCAGACAAUCGGCGGAUUCGGCCUGAGCAUCAAGGGCGGAGCUGAGCACAAAAUCCCUGUUGUGAUAUCAAAAAUAUCUAAAGAACAAAAAGCCGAACUCUCCGGGUUGCUCUUCAUUGGAGACGGAAUCCUUCAGAUAAAUGGAAUAAAUGUUAGAAGCUAUCGCCAUGAGGAAGUGGUCCAGGUGUUGAGAAAUGCUGGCGAAGAAGUGACUCUUACCGUCUCCUUCCUAAAGAAGACUCCGGCCUUUCUCAAAUUGCCCCCGUGUGAGGAUUGCACAUGUAUUCCCAGUGACCACAGCAGCGGGACGUCCUCUCCUCUGUGUGAUAGUGGUCUGCACCUGAACUACCACCCAAACAACACGGACAUGCUGUCCUGCUCGUCUUGGCCUGCAUCUCCAGGACUUCGCUGGGAGAAGAGAUGGGUGGACCUGCGCCUCAUUCCACUGCUGCACUCGCGUUUGUCGCAGUACAUCCCGAGCUCUGACGUCUGCAGGAAAAACGCUUUCCAGGUCAUCGCCGUGGACGGGGUGUGCAGCGGGGUCAUCCAGUUUCCCACAGCUGAAGAUUGCUUGGACUGGCUUCAGGCAAUAGCCAGCAACAUAUCCAGUCUCACCAAGCACAAUGUGAAGAUUAACCGAAACUUUCCAGUAAACCAGCAGAUUAUCUACAUGGGCUGGGUGGAUGAGAAGGAGCAGGACUCCGUUCAGGACCGAAUGUAUUCACCAAAGUUCCUCGCUUUGAGGGGUUCCUCACUCUUCAAGUUUUCGGCACCUCCUGUGACGACGUGGGACUGGACAAGAGCAGAGAAAAGCUUUACUGUGUAUGAGAUCAUGUGCAAGAUUUUGAAGGACAACGACCUUCUGGACAAGAGGAAGCAUUGCUUCAGCGUGCAGACGGAGAGCGGGGAGGACAUGUUCUUCAGCGUGGAGCUGGAGUGCGAGCUGCUCAUCUGGGAAAAGGCCUUUCAGAUGGCCACUUUCCUGGAGGUGGAGAGGAUCCAGUGUAAAACGUACGCCUGCAUCAUGGAGAGCCAUUUGAUGGGCCUCACGAUUGACUUCAGCAUGGGCUUUGUGUGCUUUGAUGCUGCUUCAAAGGCAGUUUUGUGGAGAUACAAGUUUUCACAGCUAAAAGGAUCUUCAGAUGAUGGGAAAAGCAAAAUCAAGUUUUUAUUCCAGAAUCAAGAUUCCAGAUCUAUUGAGGCUAAGGAGCUGGAGUUCUCAAACCUCUUUGCUGUGCUACAUUGUAUUCACGCUUUUUUUGCUGCCAAAGUUGCUUGCCUGGACCCAGUGUUCGUAGAGAGCCACGGCACCGCAACCACCACCGGAAUUCCUUCUUUUUCCAGCAUCUCAUGUAAUUCACAGACACCUCAACUCAAAUACGCCACUUGACAGUUGGUG